CUUACGUCUUUGCUUCUUCUGGCCCGGAGCAGCAAAAUGGAACCUUUAUCGCCGAGGGUUCUUUAUUCCGUGAAAGUGUACCGGCUCGCUAAUGGCUGUUAUCGACUUCCCUCUGCAUACAUCGUUCAACAUCGAACGUUUUUCAGAGAAUAGCUACGGCCAUUUCAGCUCCAUAUCUCAAGAAGCUAACAUAGGAAGGCUUGUUCCGCUUAUCCGAGACCGGGUCAGCUUUUUGAUGGCGGUACUGCUAGCUGCCUCAGCGUUAACUCCUUACACGUGCGGUACAUCGGUGGUUACUCUACCCGCUGUUCCUGUUAUCGCCCACCUGUCUACCGACUGGACAAUAUUCUCGGCGCGUCAAGCUACAGUCACAUCUGCCGCCUGCCAACACUGGUCUCUGUCUGGAUCGUGGUUUCUUCAAGAGGAGCUGAGCGCCUGGUUCCAGUCGGGGCACCGCACUGCGUGCGAAACAAUGCACUCACCUUUGGUUUUUCUUCAGGUGGAGACAAGCAGCUUGAUGGAAUCUGCUUCAGGUGAAUAUCAAGCUUCACAUGUGCACUGCUCCUAUAUUGUAUGGAGGGAAAGAACCUAUUACCACCCUGUCAACCUGAACCUAAAUGCCAGCUCUACACACAGCAACUGAAAAUAACGACGGAA